CUGCGGAGCUGAUCCCUCCGGCCACCGCCUCGGCCUUUAGUGCUUCUUCUGCCUCUCUCUCUUUUCCUCCUCUGUCACUCUCGGCGGUUAUCUACUGCUGCAACUGCGUCAGCUUCUGAAGCUGCUCUCUCUGCAAUUUCCCAGCUGAGGUGAAGGAGGUUGGUUUGAGCCAUGAGGAAGCUAAAGUUCCAUGAGAAGAAGCUACUAAAGAAGGUCAAUUUCCUCGAAUGGAAGCGCGAGGGAGGCCACAGGGAAGCUCAAGUCAUGCACCGCUAUCAUGUCACCGGAAGAGACGAUUACAAGAAGUAUUCGAGCUUGUGUCGGAUGGUGCAGAAGCUUGUUAGCAUAUUGAAGCAGAUGGAUCCUAGAGACCCUUUUCGUAUCGAGAUGACCGAUAUGCUCCUUGAUAAGUUGUAUAACAUGGGCGUGAUUCCGACCCGGAAGAGCCUUGCUCUCUGUGAUCGGUUAUCAGUAUCAUCCUUUUGCAGGAGGAGACUCUCAACAGUGUUGGUCAGAUUAAAGUUUGCAGAGCACUUAAAGGAAGCCAUUACCUAUAUCGAGCAGGGCCACAUUCGAGUGGGGCCUGAAACUGUUACUGACCCUGCCUUCCUCGUGACGAGAAAUAUGGAAGAUUUCAUCACAUGGGUGGACUCAUCCAAGAUAAAGAGGAAGGUGCUACAGUAUAAUGACAAAUUGGACGAUUACGAUGCUAUGAACUGAUGAGAAAAUGCAUCAUGAUCUUAUAAGAUUGAUAGAUCUAAAUCCUAUGUGAUGAUUUUUGUUGGUGCACUUUUUCUUAACAAAGAGAGCUACUGUGGAUCUGAGAAUUUGAGUUGAGUCUAUAUUUAUAUAAUUAGAAUGGAUAUAUUUGCUUGCAUGAACUA